AUGGAAUCAAGUUCCCCCGUUGGAGCUCGGCUUCACGAUCUUUCUGCUGAACUCAUCCUGGAGAUUAUGCGACAUAUGUCUGCCACCGAUAUUUCCAAGUUUGCAAUCUGCUGCCGCUGGCUACUCAAUAUCUUCAACGGCCAGAAGCAUAUCGUGAUGACCCGACUCCUCCGAAGCCUGCCCGAGUUCAACAGCUUACUAUACAUCUGCACCUCCGAAAAGGCCGAGCUCCACCCGGCCCGUAUGCUCUAUCCUCGCAUUAUCGAUCUAAAGGCAGGACCGCAUACUAUCAAUCUGAUGCAACCCACCGUCGCUCCCGCGAAGUCUCCGGACGGUCAUACUCCUGUUAUUCCUACAAUCACCCUCAAGAUGGCUGAUAUCGAGACGCUCUGGUUCCAUGCAAAGGUGAUUGAUUGGUGGGUUGAAACAUACCCCCGACUUCACUGGCGAGAGGAGCCUGAAAAUCGCCGUUGCCUGCGAGCCGGUGAGGAAGUUCGCCUGAGAAAGACAAUCGGGUACUGGUGGUUGUAUGCGCAUUUCCAUCAUGGAUCCGUUUAUUCGUACCGCAACUUUCAGCAGCCCAAGCGAUGGGAACAGGAUACGAGAAUGCAUCAUUUCCGAGUUAUGUCAACUGUCGAGAUGUUUGAGGUGGCAGAUCUUUGGCGCGUGGUGGAAGAAACCGUGAGCAAGGAUCUCUGCUCCACUCCUGAACGAGUUUGUCUCUGCGAGAAUGGCUAUAGUGUUGACCUCGUUCCAUGGGGAGUCGAUGAAGGCCGUCACACGAAGAUUGUUAAGACUUACAUGAAGCUCAACCCUGAACAGCUUCGCUACUUCCUGACCUAUUACCAGAACCGCAAGAAGCAUUUCACCAUCCCGAUGGUAUCCGAGGCUAUACGUGAAUUCGAUCGCGAUACAGAGACCCUUUCUGUAUCCGUCGGCAAGGCUAUUCAGGAACGCGUGGUCUUGAAGAUACAAGACAAGCUUAAUAUCCUUCUUCCGCGCAUCGGUCUUAUGGAUGAAGAUAGGAAAUUCAAUGAAGACAAUUCGUGGAACAAUGACGCCUGGCCCGGUGGACGAAUUCCUGUCAAUCCCGAGGAUUUGAAGUUCUACGAGCGUGAUCCGUCAGAAAUGGUCCUCCGAGGUGACGACGGUAAGGAUAUUCCUCAUCCAUGGUAG